UCAUUUCGCCACAGUCAUCGAUUUUUGUCUCGUUUUCAGAGAGAGGAGCCUAAAACCUCCGAGAAUCAUUGAAGGGGUACAAAAAGAGAGAGAGAGACAGACGAGAUCAGCAUUGAGCCAAUCCUGGGCCAGACGCAAGUCUAAACUUAGUUGAUGAUUCGCGGUAAAGCUACCGUGCCAAGUGGGUAGGUAGAGUCAGACCUCCGCCAUUAAGAUCUCAAGGUUCAAAGUGGAAGUGGAGAAAAUCGACACGGUGCCUAGUCUCUCGGUCACCAUGUCGACGGGAUCCGCCCAACUGCUAUCCCCUUCAUUCAAGACCCUCAAUGCGUUCGAACCCGCGCUUCCGCGGUCAUCUUCCUCACCCAUUCCAAGUAGCUUGGAUACUGGAUACGAACUUUCGUCCCUAGAGGACAAGUUCCACGCUACCGACUUGAUGGAGACGGUUGCGCGGGGAAGCUAUUCCCUAAAAAUCUCGGACACCACUAGUGGAGCUCAUCACACGCAAGAUGGAACUACAGCCGACGCGAAACGAGAUGGCCAAUUUACAUCCACAGCUGAACAGCCGGAACUUGAUGACUCGAAUGCUUCCCUGAGCCUACCUCCCUUACCCGAUAACGAUGAUAGCAGCCUUUUACUCUUGUCCAGCGAUGAUGGUGACCAUGAACGCAUGGAUAACCAGACCUUAAUGGAGGAGAAGGAAAUGCGAAGGAAAUUAAUGGAUAUGGAGUCAAGCUUUUUACCGGAGCCCUCAACAAUCCACGUCGCAGCAAUGAACCAACACUCGCGUGCCGACGAUACCUAUCUGGUUGGGGUUGAUGAGCAUGCGCCGGGAUCCGACAAGCCAGAUCAUACCCAGUCGUCCUUUGUGGUACGGGAUGACUCAAGUCGGGAUCUUACAUCAACUUAUGAGGGCGUUCCAAUACCACAAACCCCUAGUUCAAGGCCCGAAGACGUCACGACUGUAGACUUAGAGGCUACACCCGCCGCUCCCUCCGAGCGAUAUGAGAACAAUACGACGGAUCUAGGGUUGCAGUCAUCGCCCGCCGCAGCGGCAGCAGCUAGGACUGUUAACCGGGAUCACCAUUCCAUAUCUGAGGGCGCCCAUAAGUCUAGUCAGUUUCCCCAAGACUCAACCGAUAGACUACAUGCAUUCGAUCUCGAUCAACCCAAACAACCAGCUCGUCAGGACCUACGCACAACUUCGCGAAGCCUAUCACCCUCACAAUCAAGACUCUUCGGUGGCAAUAUUAGCAAUGAUACGGAGGCGGCCUCGCGCACAAGCAACCGUAGAGGGAAUAGACCGAAAUAUCUGAACAGUCGCCAGUCAGCUCACCGUCUCUCGUAUUCCUCGGUGACAAGCAACAAUACAGAAAUGACAAAUAGCGAUGCAACAUUGGGCGCUGACUACGCGCUCCAGUCGGGAGGCGCGGUGCCAGGCGCCACUGGCGCUGUCCAACAUGGGCAUCGUAACAACCUGGCUAGAUCAGUGAGCUUAGGAAGUAUGGCUUCCGGUAUAUCUGGGUAUAGCGAUGAGAAUCUCCUUGAUAAGAAAAAUCCUAGCAGUACUACGGAGGGCGGCUUACAUACACUGAAUGAAGAGGAAGCACCCUCGCAGUCACGCCCCGGAUCAUCCCAGCAAGAGCAUGGGCAAAUUCAACAUCAGCCCGUGACCGAAGAUACUACCGGACCAAUGACACCAAAAGCGAGACCUCAAGAUAACAGUUUUCCCACAGACACGGCCAUUGCAGAGCGUGUCAAAGAUGUUCAGGUACCAAGCACAUUUGUAAAGCAAUUCAGAGAAGACUACGCCAGCCGCGGGCUAUCACCGGACAAGCGUGCAGGUGCCACUCCAGCCUUUGCCAGGAGUGGUCGGUCCAUGACCCUCAAGGAGCAGAGCAGCACCAUUGAUCGUCUGUCUAAAGAGAAUUUUGAUUUGAAGAUGAGAAUCCAUUUUCUCAAUGAAGCACUGAAUCGUCGCUCAGAGGAAGGGAUUAAGGAAAUGAUAUCCGAAAAUGUUGAGCUCAAGUCGGAUAAAUUGAAGCUGCAGAAAGACAACCAAACCCUGAAAAGGAAAAUCCGCGAUCUAGAGAAGCAGCUCAAGGACCAGCAGUCUGACAAGGAAUCUAUGGUCAAUCAUGAUCCCGAAGGAUCCGAAGACGAUGGUCGUGACCCAGCGCAGGAAGAAGAGAUACUAUUUCUGCGGGAGAGGGUGGAUAGUUAUGAGCUCGAGAUCGAGAGACUGAGGUCUGAAAGCAUUGCCAGGGAAAGCGAGAAAAGGAUACUAGCAGAAAUUCUCAAAUCACUUAAUGAUGGACGGCCGAUGGGUUCGGAUGUAGGGGCAAGGGAGGAGAGAGACAUGUGGAAAGACAUGCUCGAAGCAGAAACGGCUGCUCGUGAGCAGGCAGAGGAAGAAAACAAAAGGCUACGAGAUGAGGCAUUACGUCUAAAGAGUGAAAUGAACUCGAUCAUAGUCUCCGCAAGACCAGCACAACGUGACCGGAUGGGGUCGAUGAAUUCAUACUCUGCAGCCUCCGAUAGAGAAUUUAGUCGCAAUGCAAACCCCGGUAGUUCCUCCAGUUCAACGUUUGUGAUGGAACUGGAACUCCUGAAACAAGAGAAUGCAGAGUUGAGGAAAGAAGUCAGUGCCCAGACUUCAAUGCUUACAUCUCGAAAUAGAGAAAAGGAACGUCUCUAUCAAGAAAUUGAAGAGCUGAAGCUCGGUCAGAGGCCCGACGGUGGGCGGUCUAUCGCCGGAGAUAGCAUUUUCGACCGUUCCGCAUCUCGAGCUCAUGGUAGACCUUCCUCUAGAGCGAGUGACGGGACUGCUCCAUACCCAAGCGACGAUGCGGAACGUGAAGACCUGGAGGUCCGGAACGGUCAGUUGCGAGACCAAGUUUCUACACUAAAGCUCGACAACCAAGCUGUUCGAGCGGAGCUGGAGGAGUAUAAGAGGGAGCUGGAAGAGUACAAGAAAGAGCUAGAGACACUUGACAAGUCAUACCAGGAGCGUGGCAAAGAGAUCGAGGCUUUCGAUAAGGCGUAUCAAGCUGACAUGGAUCAAGCCGAGGAGGAAAUGCAAAAGCUACAACAAGACAUGCAGAACCUAGAACAGGAACGUGACCGAGCACUGCUAAUGGCGGAUGAACAUAAUGCAGCUUUUCAGGACUUGAGGGCUGAAGCCCAAGAUGAGUUGGAUGCCCUUGGAGAGGAGCUUGACCAGAAGACCGAAGAGUGCCAACGACUAGGAGAGGAACUGAAAAUCCAAGACGACAAUCUUCGGGCGCUGCAAGCAGAAAUGCGCUCAGCUAGCGAAGGCAUCAUUCGGCUAGAAGAAGACGCACAAAACAACAUGCAACGAUAUAAAGCUGUCCAGCAGGAACUUGAGGAUUGUAACCGAGAGACGGAAUCCCUUGAAAAGAGCCUCUUCGAAGCAAACACAAAGGUUCAGCGGUUGAUAGUCCAAAUUGAGUCGAGUCAGAACGAGAUCGCUUUUUUGCGAGAAGAGCAGGAUGGUGAUAAGAUCAAGAUUGGCGAUCUGGAGUCAGAGCUCAAAACAUACAAGAUGAGCCUUCAAAGUGAGAAAGACAAGGCCAGUGAAUUAGAAAAUCGGCUAGCAGAAGAGAGGCAUCAGCGAGAGGUCGUAGGAAGCAAGGAGAAGCAGGAGGUCCAGCGGAUCGUCAACGAGUUGAACCGUGAAGCGUCUGCUGCUAAGGAGGAAGCUCGUAAAGCCAAAAAGAGUCUAUCGGCUCAAGAGAUUGAAACCAAUACAUGGAGAAAACGGCUGAUGGAUCUCGAAAACAACCUUCGCGAGACCUUAGGUGAUCUGACUGGCAGUCGCUCCAGCUUGAUUUCAAAGAUCAUGGAGUUGCAAAAGAAUCUUGAGUCGACUGCCUGGGAGCUUGAAAAUACUCGCUCUAAGCUGGACGAGACGGAGUCGCUAUUGCGAAACCGCGAUGCUCUUCUCGAAAGUCAUGGGCUGGAAUCUCGAAAGCUAGCCGAACUUCUUGAACGCGAGCGACAUUCUCGUCGAGCAGAUAAGCAGUCGUUUGAGCAGGCGCUUAAAUCUCACCAUCAAGCUUCGCGAACCAUCACCCAAAAUAAUUCACGUAUCACGGAGUUAGAAAACGCUCGCAUCCAAGAUCGCAAGCGGUUUACGAAUCUCGAGCAGCAAUUCAAGGACCAACUCAGCGAGAGGAAUACGAUGCUUCUAACCAUCUGGAAGCGUUUGUCAGCCAUGUGUGGGCCGGACUGGGCGCACUCCAACAGUUUAAUCAACGGUAACCUGCCGAGUCAAGAGGUCAUAGGAAACAUCCUUUUCUGGCCAGGCUUCAGCCGCAACCUCUUGCUUGCCGUCAAGACACUGGAGAAUGUGAUCUCAGGCUUCAAAAAUCGCAUUAAGGGUGUCGAGCGUGACCUAACCAAGCAAUAUCAGGCCGUUGAGCACACCUUGAGCUUACGCAUCAAAAAGCUUGAUCGCUUAGAAGAGUCGAUGAUGAAUAUGCGUGCCCAACAGCAUAAGCUAGGCCAAGCUGGUCUGUCACCAGAAAUGGCCAGGCUUCGAGGAGAGAACCGGUUGUUGAAAGCUGAACUAAACCUACUACAAUCUCACUCACGCAGCCGCGGUCCUGCUGGCAUGGGACCAAGCUCCCCACGCAUAGACCCUGGGGCAGACAUAGAUCCAACUUCUUUGGUUCGUCACAAUUCAAUGGUUGAGAAGCCCCAUAAUUCCCGUGGCCUGACGCGGAGUUCAACUAGUGGCAUACCUCAACCAUCCCAUGUCUCAUCAACCACGACACUUGCCGACGGCGCUGGAGCUAUGGUGCAUAGCGCUCGUGCACGACACGCUGUGGCUGACCCAGGGACUAUCGAAAAAUGGAGACAGCGCUUACAUGAAAUGGAAAGGAGACUAAAGCAAGAACGUGAGGCACGUCUGUUAGAUCGUAUUGGGGCUCGCAAGCGACUUGAGGAGCGAGAUGCUGACAAUGAAAGGCUCCGAGCUCAAUUAGAGGAAAGGGGACUUGUGGGCAAGGACAGGCUGACGUACAUCACUGUCGAUAAUGACGUUGGUCAAGCUCGAGUUCAAAACCCAAGGAUUCAAGGAUCUGACCAUGGCUCCGAUAAAGGUUACGGUCAUCGCAGGGAUGAUGAUCCAAGCUCGAGUGAUGGAGAAGGGAUUUGUGUCGACAUAGAGGUUUAAACCAAGCCCCUCUCCCCGCAUUCUUCCCGGAUUCAUUUUUCUGUUCUGACUUGAUCCGCGUCUCGUUUUACGUAUCAAGCGAUUUUGGCCUUCCAGUCUGACUGGACCAAUCGGUGCGCUUUAUGUUUGUUCCGGUCCUCUGCGAGGUCAUUCCUGCAUACCUUACUUAUAUACCCAUCGCUGUUGGCUUUCACUUCUCUUUGCUUCUGACAUAUCUAUCCGUUUCAUGGUAACAAUCACAGCCAGUCCUGGUGUUCA